AUGGCUGGCCCAUUCACCUUCACCCUCCUCUGUGGUUUGCUGGCAGCUACUUUGGCUGGAGCCACCCUCAAUCCCCCUGCAGUUCUUAGCCUCGGCCGAGAAAUCAUCAAAGAAAGGCUGACACAGGAGCUGAACGACCACGAUGCCAUCAGCAUCCUCCAGCAGCUGUCACUGCUCAGCACCAUACGGGAGAAGCCAGCCAGGGGCAUCCCCAUACUAGGCAGUGUGGUCAACUCCAUCCUCAACCAUAUCAUCUGGCUGAAAGUCACCUCAGCCAACAUCCUGCAGCUGCAGGUGGAUCCCUCAGAUGAAGGCCAGGGGCUGGCGGUCAAGAUCCCCCUGGACAUGGUGGCUGGACUCAACACGCCCCUGGUCAAGACCAUCGUGGAGAUACACAUGGAAACAGAGGUACAAGCCAUCAUCCGAGUGAACACCAGGGAGAACACCCACCUCGUCCUCGACGGCUGCUCGAACAGCCCGGGGAGCCUGCGCAUCAGCCUGCUGCAUACGCUCUCCUUCCUGGUCAACUCCUUAGCCCACACGGUCAUGAGCCUCCUGGUGCCAGCCCUGCCCAAGCUGGUGAAAACUCAGCUGUGUCCCGUGAUCCAGGCGGCCUUUGAGGACAUGCAUGCAGACCUCCUGCACCUGGUGAGGGUGCCCGUUUCCCUCGGCUCUGACCGCCUGGAGUUUGACCUUCUGUCUCCUGCCAUCAAGGGUGAUGUCAUCCAGCUCGAGCUGGGGGCCAAGUUGUUGGACUCCCAUGGAGACGUGACCAAGUGGUUCAACAAGUCUGCAAUUUCCCUAACAGUGCCCUACCUGGACAGCACCCCCUUCAGCCUCACUGUGAGGCAGGACGUGGUGAACGCUGCAGUAACUGCCUUGCUUCCUCCAGAGGAAAUCGUAGUCCUGUUGGACUAUGUGCUUCCUGAGCUGGCCCACCGGUUGAAGUCAAACAUCAAGGUGAUCAGUGAACAGGCUGCGAAUCAGCUGGGGCCCACACAGAUGGUGAAGAUCCUAACUCGGGAGACCCCAGAGCUCCUUCUGGACCAGGGCAGUGCCAGGGUGGCCCAGUUGAUCGUGCUGGAAGUCUUCGCCACCAAUGAAGCCCACUACCCCUUCUUUACCCUGGGCAUCGAAGCCAGCUCAGAAGCCCAGUUUUACACCAAAGAUGACCGACUUAUGCUCAACUUUAAUGAAAUCAGCUCUGAUCGGAUCCACUUGAUGAACUCAAGCAUUGGCCUGUUCCGCCCUGAACUUCUGAAAAACAUCACCACUGAGAUCCUCGUCUCUGUCCUACUGCCAAAUGAGAACAGCAAAUUAAGAUCUGGGAUCCCAAUAUCGAUGGUGAAGGCCUGGGGAUUCAAGGAAGCUUCAUUCUUUCUUACCAAGGUAUGCCCCCUGGCCAUGACCCUACUCAACUCACUGCUGGAAGGCCUGCUGCAUGUCACUCUGUCCCAAGGCAGCAUGGCGGACCUGGCUUUUGGGCUAGAAACCUACAAUGACAUCCUAUCCUGCCUCUACACCGGCAAGGAGAUCCUUGUGGACCCCCAGGACUCCAAAACUCCUAAUCAGUCCAGACCGAGUGUGAGACUGACCAUCAGCGCUCCCGACCCUCCCACCGUCCACAUUGAUGGCCACACCGCCAUGGUCGCCCAGCCGGGUUUCCUGGUGCUGCUGGGGCCCAGCAACACCUCCUCUGUCUCAGUUUCCUGGGGCCGGCUGACUGAGGCAGCGGUAGACCUCACCGCCAAACCUCAGCGUUGA